UCCCCCUCCGCCCUACACACCCCAAUCUCACUUAUCGUCCCUAACAAUCCCCCCCGAGGAAUUGCACGAGCAAUAGCGGCGCUGACCCUUUUAAGUGGACAGUAAGGACUGAUCAGAGAUAGAUGCACACGCCCAAGGAAGCACUGCGGGCGGCUGGCAGUUCGGGUCGAACACACGGGCGCUCGCGGGUGAUAAGGAAGACGGAGAGACACUUCUGGCGUGCAUGAUAACACGGGAGACUAAAGAAAACGCCUCAUCUAGUGAUGCUCCAAGACGCGGCUAAUCUUGGCCAAGACAUCGACAGGGAACCGUAGCUUCUUGGAUAAUAUUUGUACAAGUGAAGCCUAUUUGUACAAUUGAAGCCUAUGUUGCAGUAACUAUAUUGUUAACCAAGAGCUUCGAAUACUUGGGCCGUGCGUCACCUAAGCUAGUGAGAGAGAAAGAGAGAGAGAGAGAGAGAGAGAGAGAGAGAGAGAGAGAGAGAGAGAGAGAGAGAGAGAGAGAGAGAGCAAGAGAGUAUGUGUUAGGUGACGUACGCACUUCAUUGAAAAGAAGGUAAAAAAAAAGAGAGAGAGAGAAAGACAAAACAAAACAAAAAACUAACAAAAAACGCAAUAGAAAAGAAGUCAUAAAAAAGAAAAAGAAAGAAAGAAAUAAGGAAAGAAAGAAAGAAACAAACAAACAAACAAAAAGAAAAAAGACACCUCCCCGCGUUAAUUGGUCUUUCCAAUUCUGUGCGCAUCCCCAUUCCGGACUACGCUAACCGCGAUUCGUGUGUGUGUGCGCCAGCGUUGGUCCGGCGGCCCUCCUUGUCAUCCCGUGACACCCCGCGCGCGAUCCUGGCGAGGAUGGUGCAAGGCAACGCGUCCUCUGCAGGAUCCACUCGCCUCCUGAUGGCGACGUUUCCGAUCCUACUCCUGGUGACAGCUGCCUGCGCCUCGCUGCAGACUGAAUCCGGCUCCUGCUGGAAACUCCGGCGCUCAGACGGAUCCUGCGGCCGUCUCCUUCGGGCUAACGUGACGAAGGAGUCCUGUUGCUUCGGGCGUCACCGGAGGGGCUGGAGUGGAUCCUCCGGACUCCCUUCGCCGGGGUCCUUCGCCUCCAACUCCUCCAGCAGGAAUUCGGUCAUCAGUGAUCCCCCGCCGCCGAUGUGCGCGCCGUGUGCACCUACAUGUACCGGCAUGCGUUGCGGGGAGGACCGGAAGUGUGUGGUGCGCGACGGUGCCCCGAGGUGCGUGUGCAGCCCCCAGUGCCACCUGAAGCACAAGGCAUCCGUGUGUGGCUCCGAUGGGCGGACUUACGUCUCGGAGUGCCACCUCCUGAAGCGGGCGUGCAGGAAGAAGCGGCGGCUGCUCGUCACGCAUUACGGACCUUGUCAGACAUGCAGCGGUGUGCGUUGCAGCGCGGGCAAGACCUGUGUCCUAGACGAGCAGCUGAUCCCACGCUGCGUCCGAUGCCCCACGACCUGCCCAGCCCCCGAGAAGCCCCGACCGAUCUGCGGCGCCGACGGACGGACGCACCCCUCGCCCUGCCACCUGAAGCGAGCAUCUUGCCGCGCCCAGAAAGAGAUUCCGAGAGCCUACAAGGGCGCCUGUCGAGAUGGCGCCACGUGCAACCAGGUGCGCUGCUGGCGGGAGCAGAGAUGCCUGACGCACGUGAGCACGGGGAUGCCCCAGUGUACAUGGUGCGGUUCCCUGGACUCGUGCAGGACCUCCUCCCGCCCCAUCUGUGCCUCCGACGGGAAGGUAUACCCCUCCUGGUGCGCCCUUCGCCACGAGGCCUGUCGCUCCGGCCGCGCCCUGCCCCCCGCCCUCCACCACCACUGCUCCGCGAACGGCACCAAAACCGACGACUGCAAGCUCGACUCCGGCAAGCGCGGGAAGCAGCGGAAGGACAGGCGCAAGCAGAAGAAGCUGAAGGAACGCCGCGAACGCCUGCACCGGCUUCAGGACCUGGGUGUUGUCGUCACGACCCCGAACUCGGUGGCGGAAGGCGAUCGGGUCGACAGCGAGCAACCGGACGCUCCCGAGGUGGCCGUUGGGUCGGCGGAGGGCGAGAGAGGCGAGGAGGAAGGGGACGAGAGAAGAGAUUCGGAGAGGAAGAAGAAGAGGAGGAGGAGGAGGAAGGGCUGCAGGACCGAAAGAGGGAAGAAGAAAGGCGACAGACGAGCGAAGGGGGGAGGGGAGUGAUCGGCUUUCGUCACCGCUUUUGAAACCCUACCCCCCACCCCCAGCGGCGACGCAAUCAACAGGGAGACUUCCAAGAUCUCUCGUAGCAAAACGGAACACGUGGAACGAGUAAAAGAAAGAAAGAAAGGAAGGAAGGAUAAGAGAAAAUAAUAAUUAAUAAUAAUGAUAAUGAUAAUAAUAAGGAUCGAUCAAAACUCCCGACUGUAUGGUUAUUUUAUUCUUAAAAACUAGUGAUCUGCUUUGGAUGAGGUUUCGUGGAUGAGGAAUAGAUAUUAGUGGCUUUAUAAAGCUGUUCAUUGCAUCAUACGUGGGUGUGACUAGAAUGCGCGCUAUAGUGAAUGUUAUGAUAAUUAAUUAACGAAUCUGUGUGAAAAAAUAUAGGAUGGACAAUUCUACUGAGCACAAAUGAUAUUAUUUUAAGACUUCUAUAAAGCUCUAAUUGUAUGUGUUACACUGUAAGAAAUAUAUAAAUGUACUGUGUUGUUUUACACUACGGUAAAAUCUGAGAUGCUUUCGUGGUAUUUUUUAACAUAUUCCAACGACGUCGAAAAUGUGUCUGGAAUUAAUGAAGCCAGUUUCUACCUGUUUCUCUUAUUGCCUAUAAAUUUAUUUUUCUUGCAAUUCUCUCAUUUUGUUGCACUCGUUAUAUCUUAUCACUGCAGUCGUUCCUUAAUACAUAUAAUUCUAUAACGUAACCAGGACAUUGUACAAAAUACAUUACAGUAUACUUUAUUACGUAUGGUUACAGAGCUAUCUCGACCUUCUGUUUCGUUAUCUGUGUUCCUCUUGUGUAGGCUAUACACAAGACCAUUAUUCUCUCUUUCUCUCUCUCUCUCUCCCUCUCCUUCUCUCUUCUCUUUUCAACUCUUCUUAUUCGUAACUGACGUGGUUUGAUAUAAUAAGCACUACUUGGUUUAUAUUUCAUCCAUUAGCUCGCAUUUAUUUAUUUUUUCCUCUUCUCUCUUUCCUUUCCACUUCGUAGCAUUUCGUAUGGUUUCGUAGCGAUAAUCGUUUAGGGAAAGGAUUACCCACUCUGCGUUUAUUAUACAUUGUCUUUCAUUUCUCCUUCCAGUUUUCGCAUGUUGCAUUUCAUAAUGCUGACUCUUUUUUUUACUAUACCUUUAUGCUGACGAAUCAAUUGUAACAUACUCUUUUUGAGGAAAAAAAAUGGAUUUACCUAAGAGUUUUUAAUAGAUAUGCAAAGUCUUGAUUAUCUAUCAAAUCGACGUGUUUCUUAGCAAUGGGUGUUCCGUUUCCUUGUCAAAAAUCUAAUCCUGUAGCUCUUAUAAUGUCGCACUUUUUCAGAUAAACGUUGACACUGAUCUGCCAAUAGCUAUGUGAUAUCUGUACUAUGCGAAUCCCCAGAAAAUUACAUUUACCCUUUGAAAUCGACGGAAACAGGUUUAACUAUUCCUGUAUCUAGAUUUACUAAAAGGGCGGUAGAAAAAGAAGAUUGUACUUUUCCCAUACCUUAAUCAAUAUAAGUAUAGUUGCUACGAUGUUCAAAAUGCUGGCCUUUUCCCAGUCCCCCCACCCCCCCAAAAAAAGAAGGUAUUAAACGAUUAUAAUUUGAGGUGUAUAUUUCCCGUUCAAAAUGCAGAAUUUCAGCACGAUUAUGACUCGUUUUGCUUUGAGUUCGACGAAUAGAUAGUCACUAUCACCUUGGGCAAUUUGGGAUCCAAACAAACACCGAUAACACGACUAAAGUGAUUGGUGAAGAGACUGUGUGCUUUGGUCGCUCUCUCCGCCCUGUGGUUUGGCUAAUGGCGGACGCUUUAUAAUACUGGAAGAGUGUUUGUAGAAAAGCGUGGGAACGCUGCACUGAGUGUUCUUGCUUUGUUGCAGAAAGUAAUUCACUCGCAAUUGUGAAUAAGUUUGCAUAGGAGAAAAAAAAAUUCUCUGCAACUGUGCUCUUUUGCAGUCUAUUGUGUAAGUACCUACAUAGACAGUGAAAUAGUUCUUCUUAAGUUUUAUGCAUUAUGUGUCUAAAUAUUGUAGUGUUAUAACGAGUUGUUAUAACAAACUGUUUUUGAAAUCAGAUGUCUGAAAGGUCUUAGAUACAGAAAGCUGAAUAAUUUUUAUGUACAAUUAAUCAUUCAAAAAUAUGAAAGGAAUACCAUGGUUCUGUAUUACUACUUUAGUGUGUACAGAAUUAGCAUAAUAAAAUAACAUCUUGACAGUAUGGAGAAUUAUGACUCUGGAACUAUUCUCUUUUAACACACCUUUCAGCGCAUUUUAGAAGGAUUUUUGAGAUUUCAUUUAAUGAUGAAAUAUAGGAAAAUAGUUUAUACAUGACGUUGGUGUAUUGGAAAAUUUUAAUUAUUCUAAUGUGUUUGAUAAGUGUUUAUAUUACGGGAUUCAUAAAGCCCGUUGAAAGAGUACUAUUUUGAAAAAAAAUAUAGACAUAUAAAGUUUAUCAUAUUAUAAGAAAGAUUACAUAAACAGAGUGAGAGACAAAGAGAGAGAGAGAGAAAGAGGUAGAUAGAUAAGCAGAUAAAUAGAUAGACAGAGAGAGAGAGAAAGAGAGAGAAAAAUACGCAAUUUAUAACGAACUGAAGAAAAUCAGUAUAUGAUCCGAAACAUUAAUAAGUUCCUACAAAUUCAAUUACAAUGAAAAAGAGGAAUAGAAAAAAAAAGUCUUAGCCAGUUUUACGUAACUUCUCUCGGGAGUGAUAUAUUUACAAGGAAAUGUAAAUACUGAAGGGAAAUCCGCUUUCUGUUUGGUUGUAUUCUUUUAACAUUCGUGGGAAUUAAACGUAAAUAUUGUUUCGUAUACAUACACACACACACACACGCGCACACACACACACACACACA